CGGGGGAGACACUCGGUGUGGCUUGGAGAACGCUACUCAAGAGCGCCCCGAUUUCCUCACCAUUACCCCCCUAGAGUUAACCAAUGACAGGCAUAUCCUACAGACUGACCCCCCCCCCUCCCUCCCCGUUCGGCGCUGGACGUGUUAUUGUCCAGUUUCCUGUGCUCAGUCUCCAGUCUCCAUAGCGAGCAGCACGACAGCACGCCGUCACACACGGAGACUCACGGCGUCCGUGCAGUGGAGCUCAGCUUUUCCCUUUUUUUUUCCCACCUCCCCAACUUCCAUCUCCGCUCCGUGCCAAAGAAACAAGAGACUCGGACCAGCAGUGCAGCGGGCGAUUCGGGGUAUUAACAUUCGCGUAUCCUUGUCAGCUGGAAUCUCACGUCUGUUUUCCCCUCUAUUUCUCUCCGUGGACGCUACGUCUUGCGCUAACGUGAAAAUCAGAAUGAACUGAAGCUGAUCCUUGUAGCUGAUUUUUUUUUUUUUAGAAUGGUUUUAUUUCCAAAUGGGGAACCUUUCCGCGCCUUCAUUGUCCGAGUGUGCCGGUUUCUCGCAGCUGACGGCUUAACCCAGAGUGAUGGAACCCGGGAGUGACUGAGCGGAACGACGGGGGAUACAGACGGGACUCGGGCCCCGCGGGACAUCACGGAAGAGAAACGGGCUGCCUGCGCGCUCCUGGUCCAGAAGGGGGUCCUCGCUGCUCAGGGCUGCACACACGAUGGGCUGGAGGAGGAGGGUCCCCGUGCUGCCUUGCUGACCACCUUACUGACCCCCCUGUGAUGGCCAGCCUUGGCCUGAACGAGAGCGGAGGCGACCGGCCGGAAGACUGCGCCAUCGACGACUCCUUCAAGUACAACCUGUACGGCGCCGUGUACAGCGUGGUGUUCGUCCUGGGCCUGAUCACCAACUGCGCCUCGCUCUUCGUCUUCUGCUUCCGGAUGAAGCUGCGCAACGAGACGACGCUCUUCAUGACCAACCUGGCCGUGUCCGACCUCCUCUUCGUCUUCACUCUGCCCUUCAAGAUCUUCUACAACCUCAACCGCCACUGGCCCUUCGGCGACGGGCUGUGCAAAGUCUCCGGCACGGCGUUCCUCACCAACAUCUACGGCAGCAUGCUGUUCCUCACCUGCAUCAGCAUGGACCGCUUCCUGGCCAUCGUCUACCCGUUCCGCUCGCGGGCCGUCAGGACCCGGCGCAACGCGGGGAUCAUGUGCGCGGGGGUGUGGCUGCUGGUCCUGGGGGGCGGGAUCUCCGUCUCCUUCUUCUCCACCACCAACGUGUCGAACUCCAGCACCACCUGCUUCGAAGGCUUCUCCAAGAAAACCUGGAGGACCUACCUGUCCAAGAUCACCAUCUUCAUCGAGCUGGUGGGCUUCCUCAUCCCCCUGCUGCUCAACCUGGGCUGCUCCUCCAUGGUCCUGCGGACGCUGCGCAAGCCGGCCACUCUCUGCCAGAUCGGCACCAACAAGGAGCGGGUGCUGAGGAUGAUCGUGGUGCACGUGGCCAUUUUCGUGGUCUGCUUCGUGCCCUACAACUCGGUCCUCUUCCUUUACGCCAUGGUGCGGUCCCAGGCGCUGGCCAGCUGCUGGCUAGAGCGCUUCGCCCGCACCUUGUACCCCAUCACCCUCUGCAUCGCCACGCUGAACUGCUGCUUCGACCCCUUCGUCUACUACUUCACCUCCGAGUCCUUCCAGAAGUCCCUGAGCACGGGGAAGACGCCGGCGAAAAACGACGGCACGCUUAAGAGUGAGCAGCCCCUGUCCACCAAGGGCAGCCCCCCCAGCACCACGAAGGGGGGGAGCGGGGACGAGCACAGGACAGCCAGCAACGGCAGGGAGCUCCUGUCCGAAUCCCAGUUCUGACUGAGGUCGCCUGGAGGAGGUGGCUGGGCAGGGCAAGGGUGGUACAGCUGUGUUGCUGGGAAUCUGAUUAAGGUUUCACAUCCAGCAAUUUUUUUUUUCCCUGCUGGAAUGCACCACACAAAAAAAUUGCCUUUUGAUACUGCCUUUGGGAAUCUGUAGCCGAGUGGUCUGUAGCACAAGCAGAGUCCAGGUCGUGUCCACAGGGUUUGGUUCCUGUCAGGAAGCUGAAGGUGUUGGUGGAAUGAUUGCUCUAGUGGAACCAUCAGAGGUCCUGGUUGUUUUUGCACUGGUGUAUUUUUUAUGUUUACCCAAACUACAUUAUUUCCACAAAUGGCAUCUUUCUAAAAGCCUCGGAAGAAGUCAAAACUUCUGUGGGAUCUUUCAGAGAUUUUGUUUGACAAUAUGUGAAACUUGGCUUGAUUAACUUCCAGGGAGUCUUCAUUGGAGAAAGGGAAGGUAUUCCAUCAAGCAAACGGAAUCUCUCAGGAGCCUUUUGAGACCAAAAUAUUCAAUACAAUUUGUGAAUAAAGGCUGCAAAAUCAGAAAUCUUACAGAUGCCAUACAUUUCUUUGUAGGUGUUUGCCAAACGGUGAGAACACGUUUCUCUGCCACUGGAUGAAUAAAUUAUGGAAUAGAGUGAACUGCAUAUCUGUGCUCAUGCUCUAUAUCUGCUGUUGCACUGUUCUCCAAACACACUGCCCUACUGUGUACUGUAAAUAAGCCUUUAGAUAGACGUUCUUAUCAAAAAUGCACAAAUCAACAGUCUCAUCAAGUUCACAUGCAUCACCCCAGCAGCUCCACUGAAAAACACAGGAUGUCUGAAGACUCCUGCAGGGCAGAUAUUGUCUCCACCUCUGAAAAUCUUUCCACACUUUGAUUCACAAUAGACAAUGUAAAACAGAUGCGUUUAUGAGGUUUGUGUGAACUGGGAAAGAAACGACAGCCCUGUGAGCAAAUGAGGCAGCAAGAAAAGACUUCAGACUGCAAACAUUCGCAAACACAACAGUGUUGUAUUGUCUGCAUAGAGCACUCACGCUGCAAGGAGCAUACAGCAUAAUAAAGGCCAAUGCAGUAUUAUUUUCAAAAUAUUCAUAGUGUACUAUACUUUUUUGUUUGAUUGCAUAAUUUUCCUUUAAGUGCCACAGGAUUGUGACUUUGACAUCUGUUAAACUUCACGUCUGCACAUUCCUUAUUUUGCAGUUGUCCAUACAGGAAGGUGGAUAUUUUAACCUUAAACUACAACACGCCCUUGCAUGCAGCCUGGAAUUACAAGGUGUUAUCCCUGGUCAUCCACUGUACUGGUGGUGGAGACUCAUUUUCCGAACAUCUGGAGUGGAGCUGCAGCUCCUGAGAGAAAAGGGGAAAUGGAUUUAAGAAAUAAAGUAAACAGGAAUAUGGGGAGAUCUGAAACUGCACUGGAAAAACUCAAUAAAACAGUGGUCAUACUUGAAGUACAGUUCAAGGUUUUUUUAGUCACAGGUUCUACGAGGAGCUGAAUUCAGUCCACACUGACUGUGUAAAUUACUCUGAGAACAAACAAACUGUACAGUACAAACUGGCAAAGAGUGUCCAGUUAUAUUUACUGAGAAAUAGUGGAUUAUUUCAAGUACUUUACACAUUUAUACAAUGUCUGGGCAUUUAAUUGUGACAGGUGUUCAUUGAUAAGUUUUAUAUAAAAUAUUCUUCUUGUACAGAGAGGAUAAAACGUUUCUGAUAUUGGUUUACUAGAAGACCUUGGAUGUCUUUAAAAGCUCUCAUCUGUCCUCAUCUGAACAUUUUCACCAAGUACUGGAUAAUGAUAGUAGUGCUUCUUCCAUGAUAUAGCAGAGUGAAACUUCGCCUACUAAAUCUUUAACAAGGUUAGCAGCAAAGACUUGUGUUUCUGCGGAGAUUGUGGUGGUGUGGGGGAGACAAGAUAGAUGUCUAGCCUUCUGUUUGAACCCCAUGACGCCAGCUUAGCAGGGGCUGGCCAAGGGCCUGUACCCCCAAACCCUCCAACACACUCUACUGACAGGGACGUUAACCCUCCCUGCCCACACCCCUGUUAAAAAUACUUUCUGAGACACCAUCUGGUCUCUGAAAACAAUAAGACAUUGUGGUUGCCCCAGAUUAAUAUGCCAUAAAAAUAAUCUGCAUUUUUUCCAGUGAUCCUUUGGUCAUUAAACCACAAGCUGUGGAAUGUAAGAUUCUGAAACAAAAGACACAGGCUUUCUGGGGGAUGUUGCUUUCCCUGCGUGUUGAUAACCACCCCUGGCAGACUUGCUCACUCUCACCUGUUUAAAGACAAUUCAGAUUCCGGCACAGAAUCUCAGCUCGGAAACAUACCCGCCAAAAAGUUGUAACACACUUCCUCAAACCAUGAUUAAAAACAAAACAAAACUGUCUUACAACGGAUAUAAUCAUUGGCAGAUAGCAGAGGGGAACUUCCCUGUCCCUGGUCCCUGUAAUCACACAGAAGCCCGACAGCAACACGUUUUCUGUGUGAGGAGAUUGAGUGUUGUACUGGCUGUAAAAUGCUCAAAGGUUUGAGUCACUGUGUGUGCAGAUUUAACUGUGGAGGGACACGCAGGCUUCCUAGAAAAAAAAAAAACACGAGCACUUUUUUGUGGCGCUCUAGGUCAUAGUAGAGGGCUGUUUUGCUGACUCACACUAACCACUUGUUUGGAAAGAGAGGUAAUUAAAAAAUAACAUGUCCUAGAAAAACAAGUGUGUUUAUUCGGCGCUAUUAAGCAGAGCUUGUGUGUGUGUGUAGUCUGUACAGUGCUGUUUCCCCAGUCGGCGUUGGGCUCUGCAGACUCAUGGCCUUACACUAACCUGAAGUGGGGGACAUGUGGGCCUGAAGGAGUGGUAAAAAGCCCGUUGGAAAGUAACCUGCUGAAUUAACGCUAAGUGGGAAGAACACCCACGUGCGCCAUGGACUGGGGUCAGGGCUACAUUGUUAAUACAAGUUUUGAAUUAACAAUAUAAUAUGUUUUUAUGCAUUAUAUUGUGGUGGGCUUUCGGGACUGAAGUACUUCCUCAUGUCACCAGGAAGUAAACAAAUGUAAAUGUG